AGGGCGAAGGCCGCGGGCGGGCGGCGCUGCAGGCCCAAGUAGCAGGUCGCGCGGGUCUCCCGGAAGCGGCCCUGUGGGACCGCGGGGUUCGCUCCUGGGGGGCCCAGGCCCGACCGCCCGGCUAGGGGUUGGGGAGCCAGGGACGAGCAUCGGGAAGUCUGGGCGCGCCGGGACCUGGGGCUGGACGUGCGGAGGUCCGGGACGCCGAGAGGGGCACACGUGUGCUGCCGCCUGCGGUUCCGGGACCUGGACUGACGGCUCAAGUGUUAAUUCUACUUACUCAGUCUUCAGUGUAGCUGAGUUAUAAUGACAAGAGAAAAGAAGAAAACAGCAUUCGUGCAAUUCUAAUAACUCAACAAAGUCAGAGCCUUGGCUUUUAUAAAUGAAUGUAUAGUCUUGAGUGGUGUUUGAGGCUGAAUCAUACCUGAGGCUGAAGAAAUGGUGCUGCUGUAAGGUGUCUCAUAUCCUGGAGAAAGUAGCACUGAUUUAGGAAGCAUUCUCAGGAAGAUUUGCAUUUCCUCCUUGUUUUGUCUUGAACACCAAACAAUGCCAAAGAAAGUGAAGCCUACCGAGAAUGGGAAGGAAGAGGGGCCUGUUCCCAGUAAACAGGUGAAGGUGGAGGCUGUUGGUGGGGCUUCCACCUUAAACUUUGAUAGCCCCGGUAGUCUCUUCAAAAGUUUAAUCUCACCCAUCAAGACAGAGACUUUUUUCAAGGAAUUCUGGGAGAAGAAGCCCCUCCUCAUUCAGAGGGAUGACCCAGCCCUAGCCACCUAUUACCAAUCUCUCUUCAGGCUAGCAGAUUUGAAGAGUCUGUGCAGCCAGGGUUUGUACUAUGGAAGAGAUGUGAAUGUCUGCCGGAGUGUCAGUGGGAAGAAGAAAGUUUUAAAUAAAGAUGGCAAAGUGCACUUUCUUCAGCUGAGAAAAGAUUUUGAUCAGAAAAGGGCAACAAUUCAGUUUCACCAACCUCAGAGAUUUAAGGAUGAGCUUUGGAGGGUCCAGGAGAAGCUAGAAUGUUACUUUGGCUCCUUGGUCGGCUCAAAUGUGUACAUAACCCCUGCAGGAUCUCAGGGCCUACCUCCCCAUUAUGAUGAUGUUGAGGUUUUCAUCCUGCAGCUGGAGGGAGAGAAGCACUGGCGGCUCUAUCCCCCCACAGUGGCACUGGCAUGCGAGUACAGUGUGGAGUACGAGGCCCGGCUUGGUGCGCCAACACAUGAGUUCAUGUUGAAGCCAGGUGAUUUGUUGUACUUUCCCAGAGGGACCAUUCAUCAAGCGGACACUCCUCCAGGGUUGGCCCACUCUACUCACGUGACCAUCAGCACUUACCAGAACAAUUCGUGGGGAGAUUUCCUUUUGGACACCAUUUCAGGGCUUGUGUUUGAUACUGCAAAGGAAGAUGUGGAGUUACGGAGUGGAAUACCACGGCAGCUGCUGAUGCAGGUGGAAACAUCAGGUGUUGCAACAAGAUUAAGUAGCUUUCUGAGGACUCUUGCAGAUCGACUGGAGGGCACUAAAGAACUGCUUUCAUCAGACAUGAAGAAGGAUUUUGUUAUACACAGACUUCCCCCUUACUAUGUAGGAGAUGGAACAGAGUUGUCAACACCAGGUGGAGUGUUACCGAGGUUGCACAGCACAGUGAGACUGCAAUUUAGAGAUCACAUCAUCCUCACAGUAGGGCCAGAUCAGAAUCGAUCCGAUGAAGCUCAAGAAAAGAUGGUUUACAUCUAUCAUUCUCUAAAGAAUAGGAGACACACACAUAUGAUGGGAAAUGAGGAAACAGAGUCUCAUGGACUUCGCUUUCCUUUCUCACAUGUGGAUGCACUGAAGCAAAUUUGGAACAGUUCAGCUAUUUCUGUCAAGGACCUGAAACUAACUACAGAUGAGGAAAAGGAGAACUUGGUAUUAUCCCUCUGGACAGAAUGUUUAGUACAAGUACUUUAGUGUCUUUCCCGAAGCAAAUAGGGAAAUGCAAGUGCUAGGUAGGUACUGUUGUUUUGAGUCCACCCACAAGGACCCAAGAAGAGAAUGUCACCAUCCCUCCUUACCUUACAGCAUAUCUGUUAGACAUACUUGUACUAAUUGGGCACGUGGAAGAAAAAACAGUGAAAUACUAGGUGUCCCAGAAUGUGACCAAACCAUGCUUUUGAAAGUUUAUUUAAUCCAGUGUGGUAGAAAAGGCACAACUCCAAUAAAUGUAUCAUGUAGAA